AUGGUGGGGCUUCCCGCCAGAGGCAAGUCCUACAUCACAAAGAAAAUAUCAAACUACCUCAACUGGCUAAACAUCAACAACAAGAUUUUCAACGUUGGUAAUAAGAGAAGAUUACAACUGUUUGAAUGUGAGGAGCAAAAUGCUGAUUUCUUCAACCCAAACCAAUCGAAGAAUGUUGCCAUUAGGGAUCAGUUGGCAUUAUCCACCUUGGAUGAUUUAUUGGAUUGGUUGAAUAAUGAUGAUUGUCCCGUGGGGAUAUUUGAUGCAACUAAUUCCACUAUAAAGAGACGUGAAUUGAUUAAAGAGAGGAUUUCUAAAAGGAUGCAAGGACAGAAUUAUAAUGUCUUGUUUUUGGAGAGUAUUUGUAAUGAUUUGGAUAUCGUGGAGAAUAAUAUUAAAUUGAAAUUGAAUGGUCCUGAUUAUAAAGAUGUCGAGGAUAAAUUUGAAGCUUUGGAUGAUUUUAAAAAAAGAUUACAAAAUUAUGAAUCGAUUUAUGAAACGGUGGAGUCUAGGGAAUGUCAAGAUUAUGUUCAAUGUAUUAAAAUUGUUAAUAUUCAUAAUUUGAAGAGUUUUAAUAUCUUUGGUGUUUAUUCUUUAAUGUUGCAAGGAUUUUUAUCAAAUUAUAAUACUUGCAAGAAGAAAAUUUGGUUAUCUAUAAACAAUAUAGAUUCAUCAAAAUUCAUACCAUUGAUUAUUAAUUCUUCAAAUUUUUUGAAAAUCAUGUCUGAAGAAGCUGAAUCAAAUCAUCAUAAAUUAAUCCCCAAAUCAUCAACAUUGGAUCAAAUCCAUGAUUUGAUUCUUGAUCUUGAAUCUUCAAACUCUGAUGUCCUUAUCCAAACAACUGAUCAAUUCCUUAUCAAUGGAUUAUUCAAAUAUUUCAAACCUUUACAAAAAUUUAAUCAAUCCAACUCCUCCUCCUCAAACAUUGAUUUGAAUUAUGAAAUUAUCUGCAUCAACCCAGAUCAUUAUCAAACAGAUUUCACCAAGAUUGAUAUAAGAGAAUUAUACCCUUUGGAAAUGACUAGAUCUAAUUCAAACGGGAGUAAUACAAGUGAAAUAUAUACCCCAAUUAAUGUUGAUGGGUUGGAUCAAUUUAAUUAUCAAAAUUUAUUGGAAGUUAAUGAAAAAUUGGAAUUAUUGAAAUGA